AUGGCCAAGCUACAUAGUACACCUGACGACGUAUUUGAGUUGCGUUGGGGUAUAGUUGAAUUUGCCAAGGAUCUUCUUGUUGAACCUUCCAGUCGCGGAGCCUCUGAUGUGAUGCAUAUCCUGGCGGGAGUUGGUUCCUCUAGCUCGAAGUCUAAAGCACAAGAGUUCAUCAACAAAGUUGAUGCUCAGAAACAAUGCGAUGCAUUUGGAAAUUAUGAAGAUCUGGCCCGGAGUACGAAUAUCGACGUUGUUUACAUCGCAACCCCGCACUCUCAUCACUUUUCAAAUGCCAUGUUGGCUUUGCAAUCCGGCAGACAUGUACUUUGCGAGAAGCCGUUGACAGUAAAUGCGGAGCAAGCAAGGAGAUUGGUCACGGUCGCGACGAAAAAUAACCUGUUUCUCAUGGAAGGAAUGUGGACACGAUUCCAGCCUAUUGGUGUGGAAAUACGUCGGCUGAUCGAGGAGUCGGCAGUUGGGACGAUCACGCGUGUCUUUGCGGAUAAUAGCUUGGGAAUGGAUCCUCUGACGGACUUUCCCGCAGGGGACCGUAUGGUCAGCAAGAUAUUGGCUGGGGGAGCACUUCUUGACUUGGGACCUUAUUCAAUCCAGUGGGUGAUAGAAGCUUUGCCCAAAGAGAGACGCCGCCCGUUAAAGGUUUUUUCUGUGGUUUCAAGAUGCCACGAUAUCGGAGUGGACGAAUCUGCAGGUAUCUCAAUGAAAUUCUCAGCAGAAGAUGGCUCCAAACCAGAAUUACUUGGUUUGGCAAGUGUCAGUCUACGCGCAGCAGAUGACUACGAUGGUCGAACACCAGUCGUGAGAUUCCAGGGCGACAAGGGUGAAAUCCAGAUUUUUGGAAGACCAUGGCGCCCGUCGCACUUGCGUGUCAUUCAACGAGAUCAGGGAUUUGGGAGCAAGGGUACUCACAUUAACAGAUUCGAGAAUUAUAUUCCGCAGGGUAAUUACGGCUUAUCAUACGAAGCGGAUGAGGUGGCAAGAUGUAUACGUGACGGCGAACUGGAAAGCACAAUAAUGCCGUGGAAUGAUAGUUUGAUCAUCAUGGAGAUCAUGGAUAGAGUGCGGAGUGACAAUGAACUGGACUUUCCGGAUAAUAUCGAGUCUGCGGAGAAUGGGAUGUAG